CAACUUACAUUUCAACAAAUGUUAAUAUCUAGACAAAAUGUUCAAAUGUAUGGAAAUGACAUUUCGUUUCGGCAAGUCACGUUAUUUUGACCUGUCAUUUCUUUACAUUCGAGCUUUUUGUAUCGGAGAUUGAAAUACUCUUUUCUACAGUUCUAUGUCAUUUUCUAUAUCUUUAUUAUAAAAACCACCUCUUAUGGGUAUAUUAAUGAAGUUAUGCAUUGCUAUUUCUUAGAUUGCGGUAUCUAAGUUCUUUAUCAUCGCCUUCAAGUUCAAUAAACUGAAUAAAUUAAUAAUUAUUAUUUAAAGAACAAAAACAUAAAAUCGACUUAAAAAUAAUAAUGAUCACGUAAACCUUAAAAUAAUCCACAACAUCGAUUCAUCUAGUCCCAGGUUCUGAGGUUACGCAUUUUUAAUAUUUCAGUGGGUUAUAAACAUUAAAAAAAUACCGACGAAUUGAGAAAAAGCUACAUUGUGAAGGAGAUGGAAACAAAUAAAGCUUUUUUAAAUAGAAGAGCCUAAUAGAUAGGCUCUUCCUAAUGUGACCUUUUCAUCGAUCGUUUAAACGAAAUACAUAAAUAAUGCGGUACUUAAAGUAAUUAGGCAAUUUUUAUGAUAACGAAGGGAACCAAAGUAGAAAAACACAUUUCUAAAGAAACUUCAAUCAUGCCCAAAGAACACGUUUCUAACUUUACUUUCUAGUUUUAUUUAUUUAAUUUCUCCACAUUCAAAUAAAUUUCCAUUAAAUAAUUGAGCAAACUUACCAAGUAAUACAGCAAUUCAUGAUAAAUAUAACAUUAAUUUGAAUACCAUUGUUAAGUUCAUGUUAGUGAAUGCUUAUCUCUUUUGCGACUUAACAUUAUCAACCUCCAAUCGACAUUCUAUAGUUGUAUCGUUUUACGAUCGCAUGUUCAGGAUGUUUCGAAUUGUUUCAAUAUCAAGGACUUGGUCUAAAAUUAUUACAAAGUCAAGGCUAUAAAAGUAGAUACUAUUGAUUCUAUUGUUAAUCGAUGAAAAUCGUUUUGUAUACCUACAGUAAACCGACAGUGAUUUGUCAUACACACGUGGUACAAUAGCUGAAAGCAUCGAAAAAGCAAACAGCCUAUGUAAAAAAGAAAGAAAAAUACAUAAUUAAUCUGAUACCUUACAGUUUUUACCAUUUUCAGUGGUGACUUAAGAUGAAUAACCUGGCCAGGGUUCAAACUUGCAACAAGUUCAUAUGAUAACUAGGUCAAUAAACUACUGCCAUAGCCACUGAAAACCACCUUUACUGAAAUGAAAUCUCGAAGGCCAAGUUUUGAUCAAUACUUUUUUUUAGUUUCUCAAUUUUACAGAAUGCAUCACUUAAAAACGAAAACUUUAACGUCGAUAUACCUGAAAAUGAAUUACAGCGUCUAACGACAAAUGCAAUCUCUCACUAAUUAAACAUAAUACCUACAUAUAAUCAGCCUAAUAAUAAAACGGUGCAUAUUGUUUCCACGUUGUUAUGCCAUUCAAAUAUUUACAUAGCAUAUCAGUAGCUGUUUGGUGUUGCUUAGAGAUACCGAGGACUUUGCCAAGAUAGGAGAUACAUUCGAUUGAGUGUCAGAAUACUGAUCAUUGAAGGAAAUAAUAUCUGUUCGCGAAGAUGGGCCCAGGCGACAGGGGGCCGAAGACUACCGAGGAUCGAUCAGCUCCGGUUGAACGGACCGGAGUGAGGAAGUUCCUGGUGGACAAUGUUAUGCUGGUCGUGACAUUGGCUGGUGUCCUCACAGGGAUUGGCGUCGGUCUCGGUCUGCGUCCGUACCACUUGGGCCCUGACGCGUUAAUGAUAAUUUCUUACCCUGGGGAACUGUUCAUGAGGCUGCUCAAACUGAUGAUCUUGCCUUUGAUAAUAGCAAGUCUGAUCGCUGGCUCAGCUAGCUUGAAUGCGAAGAUGAGUGGAAAGAUCGCAGUGAGAACGUUACUGUAUUUUAUACUGACGUCUAUGUUUAAUGCGUUCUUGGGGAUCUUGUUAGCUACGAUGAUACACCCUGGCGUGCCAGAGAUCAGAUUGUAUGGAACUUUUGUUGAAGCGAAGAAAGAACAUAAAAUAUUGGACAGUAUUUUAGAUAUCGGCCGGAACAUAUUCCCGGACAACAUAGUCCAAGCAGCAUUCCAGCAAGCUCACACAGUGUACACGGAAGCACCUGCCGUGUUUGGCAGGAAUGUCACCGACAACGACACAGUGCCGGCUUUAGUCCGAGUGGUUGCAUAUCGGUCUGGCACCAACACUCUCGGUUUAGUAUUCUUCUGCCUCGUCUUCGGCAGUCUUCUGGGGACCUUAGGGGCCAAAGGUCAAGUGGUAAUAGACUUCUUCCAAGCGAUCUUCGAGGUUAUCAUGAAGAUGGUGACCGGGGUCAUGUGGUUUACCCCUAUAGGAGUCAGCAGUGUCAUCGCAGGAAAGAUUUUGGGAGUUAAUGACGUUGCUUCAGUGAUGUCUCAGCUCGCGUGGUUCAUCGCUACAGUAGCGGUCGGCGUAUUUUUCUACCAGCUGAUCGUCAUGCAGUUGAUUUACUUCCUCUUUCUUCGACGGAACCCAUACAAGUUCUACUGGGGGCUGUCGCAUGCCAUGCUCACCGCAUCAGCUACUGCUUCCACCGCGGCGGCGCUGCCGGUGACGCUGCGCGCGCUGGAGUCGCGGCUGGCGGUGGACGCGCGCGUGACGCGCUUCGUGCUGCCCAUCGGCUGCAACAUCAACAUGGACGGCACGGCGCUGUUCCUGGCCGUGGCCAGCGUCUUCGUCUGCCAGAUGAACAACAUACACCUCGGCUUCGCGCAGCUCGCUACUAUAUUCCUGACAUCGACGGCUGCGUCAGUAUCCUCAGCCUCGGUCCCGUCGGCCGCGAUGGUGUUGCUGCUGGUGGUGCUGGCGGCGGUGGACGCGCCCACUCACGACGUGUCGCUGCUGUUCGCUGUGGACUGGCUCGUUGACCGCAUCAGGACCACGAACAACAUGUUGGGUGACUGCUACGCUGCGGCUGUGGUCGAACAUCUCUCCAAGAACGAGCUGAUGGCCUGCGACGCUUUAACUGCGGACCCCUUGAACGGUUUGACACCUAACACUGAUGUUGACAUUGGAAUAGUGACUCCCAGUAAAAAGUCCAUCGGAUCUGAUGAAGUCAUCAUUGAUAUGCAUUUACACAAUCACUCAGACGCCGUCAAGCGGAUAUAGUGAAUUAGCUCUAAGGUCUACUUAUAUAACCUUUAGUCCUGCGGUACUCAACUAUUAGUAAUCUAUUAGGAAGGCCUAGGUUUGGACCAGUGGAGACUUAAAAUAUUCCUGGUUACAAGUGUCAUUUCUAUUAUUUCGUUAGAGAAAAUUACUCAAAUGUAUGAAAAGUACUUUAAUUUAUUUUGUGCCUAUCGAGUUCCACUUAUGGAUAGACCCCCUAGUUUCACCACAACACCUGAUCGCCAUCAACCUUCCGUCUUCAAGUCUGAGACCUUUUCGAAAUCUGUCAGAAUGGCUUCCUCAAAAUAGAGCGAAUAUGAACGAUUCAAAGGGUUUACAAUUGUAGAAAAGUCACUUGACUAGGACGCUGGUUUGGUGGAACCGAAUUUUCUAAGAAUGCAGCUUUAUAUAAUGAGGGCAAAAAUUCAACACUCACCGAUUCGGGUGUGUUUUUUCUGUUAAAAUGUUUCAAGGUAAAAUCUUAAUUAACUUUUUUAAUAGUAUAAGUUCCACUACCAAUUCACUGGUGUGUCACACUAUGUCUUAAGAUUUAAUUUUGGUAGAUCCUAAUUAUAUCUUCUCUUCAUAAUCAUGUUGAGUAUCGCUAAUUAGAUUAGGGGCAUUCAUUAGGCUUAAGCGUGUUUAGCUAGACAGGGUUGACCAGAGACGGCCUUACCUUUUUUUGAAAGGCAUUUUGGGUGUAACCUCAUGGGAAUUGGUUCAGCAAUUUUGGAGAACAAUACUUGUCAUUAAGUAAAUAAUAGCGUUUGGAUAUGUAUUGUAUUAUUAGGAAUUUUGUAGUUAUCAUUCAUAUAAAAAUAUUGUACGUCCGUUUAGUAUUGUUGUAACAUUUGUAGCUUAACAGUCGAUGUCUUUUAUUCGAUCGACUGCUUUAUAUCAUGUAUAAAUACUCAUAUAUAUCAAAAUUGGAAAAGGAUGAAAACACUAUACAAAUGAAGAUAAUCUUUGUUACUACCACAAGUAGUCGUUAAGGGUCCAAGAGAAACCCCUUUUUACACACUCCCUCACACAAAAGAGGCCGAUAUAGCUUUUUGUACCAUUCAUGAAUCAAUAGGAGGAAACGACACUUGAUUUUGGACGAUCAGUCGGUAUCUGGCCAUAUGAGAAUGGGGUGAACGAAUAUUUCCUGUAGAGAUAAGAAAAGUUCUCCACAAAAACCUAUAACAAAAUACAGAAUUUGUUACAAACUUCACCGAGUGAUGAUUAAAUGGAAACAGCAAUGAUCAUGACGUAAUGGGAACAAUUCGAAACGUGGACUAAGCAUAUCUCUCUUUAUUACAAUUUUUUACGUCUUUUUGUAACAUUUAAACGAAAUUUUCCAAAAACAUUUAUUUGUCGUAUCAGCUGUCAAGGUAUCAACAUAUAUUUUUAAGGCCUUUGAUUCUCAAUAAAACCUUAUCCAUGAAAAUUCGAUAAAGGACUGAAAUCCAGUAUUACUUCUGAAAGUUUAAUUUUUAAUUGUUAGUAUGAGCGCCAAUUUCAAUAAAUUUACUUGUCUGUUCAAAUAAAUCUUGAUUUUAAUAUGAGAAGGCUAUUUCUAAAUGUGUCUUGGCUAUCAAACAAAGCAAAAUUUAUAAUAGGUAUCUAUAUCCUCAAAUCGUUUACAAACAUUCUAAUAGGCUUAAAUGUUCUAACUUGGUUGGUCUAGUUUUAAUUAAAACUAGGCCCAUAUUCAUCAGUAUCUUACUCAAAGUGAAAACUUCUUGUUCUCUCAACUCUGUAUCAACUACACAAAAUACUUUACUUAUAAUUUGAUAUAAUGCAAGCACCUGCACUGCAAGCUCAUCUAGUGAAAGAAGUAUCGCAUGUUUUGCUAUACAUUGCCGUCUUUGUUUGAUCUCUUAUGAUACAGUAUCGGCGUGACCUGGCAAUGUACGGUGAUUUGCUCGAUUUUCUCACACAGUCUGAUUUUUUUUUAUGAUUACUCUACGACGCCAAGGACAUGAGUGUGCAUAUGGGACAACUUUUUUCGCAAUCACAAUUUUUCCAAUACUGUAUUCAGAUGAAUUAACUACGUUUAGAGAUCGACUAGAGCUACUACUUAAAAAUUUGGGAAAAGGCUAGAGACAGAAGAAAAUGUGCUUUGAUUAUCCCAAACUCAGGUACUGCUUGGUUUGUACCUAUAUUCGAUGGGCAUAUCUGAAAUUUCUGAAGUCUAAUCAAUUUAUUUUGUUCUCAAUUAUCAACAUCAGGGCUUAAAUUGGUUGAGGAGAAGAUUUACAAUCUAUCACAGCGUCUAACGAGGGUGUAUCAGAAGCUUUUUUUUAAAGACUUGUGAAAUCGAUUUCAUGUUGUCGUAAAGUAAUCAUUGCCACAAACAAUUUACUUUAUCUCCUAGAUCGCUGUCAAAGUUGGUGAUCAUUAUAAUAACAUUGGUAGUUGUAGAUCCAACUGUGAUAAUAAUAUAUUUAAUUUAUCAUUUUGUCAUAAUUUAGCUGUAAUUAUAAUUAUUUUGUUAAGAGACGGGUGAUUCUGUACAAAUAUACUGAAAUUGUUGCAAAAAAUAUCUUGAUGUAACCUACGCUAAAUUGCACAUUUUUGCAGAAUAUUCGUCUCUGAUAUUAAGUAUGUACCUAUUAUUUCAUAUGAAAUAAUCAUUUUUAAUAAACAAACAAUAAUCUUAC